AACAAUAGAAUUAUCAUAAAUCUUACCAUAACAAAUUAUAUAAAAUUUUCCAUUGGGAUUCUUAUAUGGUGGACCCAUAAAAGACAAAAACACCCUACAACAUACUUCAACUCUCUCUCUAGAGAGACAUAGCAUUAAAAAUUGGACCAUUCCCAAUCCCAAAAUCCCAAAAAAAAUCCAAAAUAAAAAUAAAAAACAUAUCUUUAAAAAAUUGCAUUAAAAACCCAAAACUUUUACUUCACCAAUACUCCAAAUUCCAAAAUCCUCUGUCUCUCUUUCUCUUCCUUGGAUUUAAUUUUGGAUAAAAUAUAUCAAAAAAAAAAAAACAUUUCUUUUUCUUUCUUUCUUCUUCUUCUUAUAAAAAAAUCCAGAAAAAUAUAAUUAUAUAGACAUAAAGGUACGAUCUUGAUUUAAUGGGAUACCUUUCUUGUAGAGCUGAAUCCGCCGUUUCCACCGCCAAUUCUCAAAACCCAUCUGCCAAAACAACCGCCGGUGUCGGCUCUGGUCAAGACAAGCCCAUUAAGAUCCAACAUUUCGAGUAUAGUGAUCUUGAAGCUGCCACAAAUGGGUUUUCUGAACAGAAGCUUUUGGGUAAAGGAAGCCAUGGAUAUGUCUACAAAGCAGUGGUCCGUGGACGACACGUGGCAGUCAAAAGACCUUCUCGGCCUCAGAAUUUUACUGGGUCACGACCCAAUUCGACGCCGGAGAUCACCAAUGAGGUAGAUAAUGAGAUCGAGAUCUUAUCGAAAAUUCAAAACCCUAGACUUGUUAAUCUUGUAGGGUUUACUAAUAUUAAUAAUAAUAAUAAUGAUUCAAGACAUAAUAAUAGACUUUUGGUUGUUGAGUUUAUGAGUAAUGGUACUCUGUAUGAUGUUCUACAUACUAAUCCUAGACCACCCAAUUGGGGUAGAAGGAUUAGAUUGGCUUUACAAACUGCUAAAGCUAUUGAUACCCUUCAUUGUUCAAACCCACCUGUAAUUCAUAGAGAUAUUAAGUCUGCAAAUGUGUUAAUUGAUCGUAAUUUUAAUGCCAGAUUAGGUGAUUUUGGUUUGGCAUUACGUUGUCAUGUUGAUGAUUAUAGACUUAGAUCAACCCCACCUGCUGGUACUAUGGGUUAUCUUGAUCCUGGUUAUGUGACACCAGAUAAUUUGAGUACUAAACUUGAUGUUUUUAGUUUUGGGAUUUUGUUGUUAGAGAUUAUAAGUGGGAGAAAAGCUAUUGAUGUUGGUUAUUCACCACCUUCAAUUGUUGAUUGGGCUAUUCCACUUAUUAAAAAAGGGAAGCUUUUUAGUGUUUAUGAUCCUCGAAUUUCGCCUCCUAGAGAUCUUAUUGUGAGGAAGCAAUUGGCUGUUGUUGCAGCUAAGUGUGUUAGGUCUUGUAGGGAGAGAAGACCGGCUAUGAAAGAUGUGGUUGUUUGGCUUUCGGGGUUGAGUAAACUUGUUCCUUUGCAUUCAUGGAAUAGUUUUAACAAUCCUUGUAUGAUGAUCGAGAAUGUGGGGCGUCCGGUUGAGGUAAUUAAUCCUCAUUCGAAUUGGUUCGAUAAUAAUGGAGAUGGGAAUUUGGAUGGUGUGGAUUCUAAGUAUGCUAGGCAAAUUAUGAGGAAUUCUAGGAGAGUUUACUCUGAUUUGGGAUUUAGUAGCAAUUUGAUGGAGCUUAUGGCUGGUGGUACCGAUGAGGAGACUGAAUACAGAGGUGAAGCUGAUGGAGUUGUUGUGCCUAAAUUAAGAUCUAGAAAUCGAAUUUCGAGUACUAAAUUUGGUGGUAGUGAAAGAUAUGGCAUCAGAGGGAAAAAUCUAUCUCAAACUUGUACUGAUAAAAAUGAUGUCUUUCCUUUGAGGCGAAACCGUUCAAUAGGAGGAGGAGGUGCAGAGAUUUGUUCAAGAAGAGAUGAUAUAAUUCCUCGAACAAGUUUUCGUUCUCAGGGCGCAGCAGCCAUUGAAAAGAUUGAGCGAAGCUCUAAUCAGUAAGCUUUUUCUGUUGUUUGCAAAGUUUCAUUUUUUUUUUCUUUUCAAAUUGAUGUAUAUUUGUUUGUAGCUCAUUGCUUUGUUUGGUUUGUUGUAAUGAACAUAGAAUUUAAUCAAUCUCUCUAUGUUCUUUUUUAACUUUUGUAAUUUCUUGUAAUUUUCUUCAUAUUUGGAGUUCAAUGACACAUUUCUCAUGUGUCAUGAUCAUCAUAGGCUUGUGGUCCUUGUACUGUUAUUCUCUUUGCUGUUAUGUUUCUCACAUUCAAUACAAAAUUGAACUGAUUCAAAAUUCAC